AAAAGAUAAAAUACAGGAAGUGCUGUUUUUCCACUUACACUGCAUUGCCCAUAGUGCCCUUCAGCAUUUCGUUAGUGCUACGUCACAUAUUUUCCUCCCUCACGCGGAUCCCUCGGGUAGACUACAGAGGCGGAAUCGGGGAACAUGGCAGACGAGGAGGACUCGGCGCCGGAACCUGCUGUUGUCUCUCCCCCGGAGAGCCCUCACCCUGGGCAGCCUCACACCGUCUCUUUCUCCGAGAGCGUCCAGCCGGCCGUCGGGAUGGUGAGCCAGCUGCUAACCCACCCCUCGUCCCUCAAGUUUGACAAAAACAUCAAACAGGCCUUCUACAACACGGGGGCGAUGAUCUUUGUGGCGAUCUGCUGCGGAGCGGCUGUCCUGGUCUACUUUAUCCUGGAGGCCUUCCUCCGCCCGCUGCUUUGGGCAGUGCUCUGUGGCACCUUCCUCCACCCCUUCAAGUACUCCCUGGCCCGGCUCGGCCGCUCGUGGCUCAGCGGCUUGCAGGAAACCGGGACGCCCAUAGUGCUGGGGACCCUUCUGAUCCCAGUGUGGUGCGUGAACUAUGGGGUGGAGGCGAUGGGCAGGCUGGUGCUGGAGAGGCUGAUGGUGCUGCUGGUGAUCGGGGCCGGGGCGCCGCUGGUCUACUUCCUCUACCUUUUCUGGAGCGUCAUCGGCAUGCAGGUGAUCCUCGGACACGUCUGUGGGGUCAUCGGGGCCGCGCUGGACUGUUUCCACACUGUGUGGGUGUGCACUGUGGUGUUUGGCUACUUGUUGGCGGUUUGUUUCAAGUGGAGUCCCCACACUGAGCACUACCUGAGGGCUCUGGCUCUUCCUGUCUGGGCCAUCCUGCUCUUCUACAUUGUGUCUCUGACCGGCUCGUGGAGAGUGCCCAUAUUUGUGGUUGUGGUUACACUCAUCAUCGUGGGCUCCCAAGAGAAACCACCUGUCACUGGCAGAGGAGAGCUGUCAGGGCAGGUGUUGUCAUUCGCUGCUAACACUAUUUACAUGGCAAUCUCCUGUAGCAACCUUCAGCUGAAAACUGAGCCCAGUGAAAAUUCUACGACAGAUGGUUCGCAGCCUGCGGGCCCGCUUCCUUCCACGCCUGGGUUCCCUCGGGGCUCUCGUUCAUUACCAGGCGGCCUCUUCCAGAAAGAGAAAAGCUCCCACAGAGCCAGUGAUAUCUACUUUAUUCUACUGGUCUGGGCCAUUGUACUAGUUCAGGUCUGGCUCAACCUCUGGAUCCUACAACUGCUGCCUAUCCCUGUGGCUGUGUGGGUGCUGAAGAAGCUGGUGGUCCACUUUGGCCUGAAGAGCUUUGCAGAGCGGACUCUCACCUCGUGGUGGGCGGUUCUGGAGAAGCUUGGACGUGAGCGAGAGGAGGCCCUGCUGCCUGGACCAAUCAAAGGCUUGGCUCAGUUCCUGCUGCGUAUCGACACCAAGCUCUGGCAUUGGCUUAACAAGCAGAUGAUCGUGUGGUUGGAGAGAUCUUUGGAUAAAAUCAUCAGCAUCUUCAUCAUCUUCCUCCUGGUCACAGGAACCCUGCUCAUGGCUCUGCUGCUCACCGCUAUGGUUCAUCAUGAAAGUGUUCACAUCAUUGACGUAACCAGUAACCUCAUCAACGAGACUGUGUCUAACCAUCCAGAAUGGGCCAAUUGGCUUCCAGAGGCUCGUGUGGUGCAGAAGGCUCUGAAUUCAGCUGCUACUAAUGUUUAUCAACAUGGUAGAGAAUGGAUAACACAAAAGCUCCAUAAGAUGUUAGGAGACAAAGUGAACCACACAGCUGUGAUUGAGAAACAGGUUUUGGAGCUUUGGGACAGACUGUACCACUCCUGGUUUGUGAAGAACAUGACCCACCCUGGACGCCAACGUGGUCAGAAGAUGAUGGUUCCAAGACAGAACAGCUGGCUGGUCGACAUCCUGGACUGGAAGGACAUUGCCUCUUUUCUGCAGGAAAAUAUUGAGACUCUGCUGUCUAUUCUGGAGUCUCUGUGGGUGGUAAUGAGUAGAAAUGUUGGCCUCCUCAUCUCCACCACAACGACUCUCUUCACUGUCUUGUUCCACAGUGGCACUGCUCUGCUCAACUUUGCCCUGAGUCUGGUGAUUUUCCUGACCACUCUCUUCUACCUACUGAGCUCCAGCGGUGAAUACUACAAACCUGUCAAAUGGGUGAUCAGCUUGACACCCCUCUCCCAGCCCGGACCCUCCUCAAAUAUCAUAGGCCAGUCUGUAGAAGAGGCCAUCAGAGGAGUGUUUGACGCCUCUUUGAAAAUGGCUGGUUUCUACGGCCUCUACACUUGGCUCACUCACACCAUCUUUGGCAUCAACAUCGUCUUCAUUCCUUCUGCCCUGGCUGCCAUCCUGGGUGCGGUGCCGUUCCUGGGGACCUACUGGGCAGCGGUGCCGGCAAUGUGUGACCUGUGGUUGGCGCAGGGCGAAGGAGUCAAGGCUGUGCUGCUGCUGAUCUGCCAUCUGCUUCCAACAUAUUUUGUAGAUACGGCUAUCUACUCUGACAUAUCAGGGGGUGGACACCCGUAUCUGACAGGUCUGGCGGUGGCAGGCGGAGCGUACUAUCUGGGUCUGGAGGGUGCCAUCAUCGGGCCCAUCCUCCUCUGCAUCCUGGUAGUUGCAGCCAACAUCUACAGUGCCAUGCUGAUGAGCCCCAGCUCUGCAGUGCCAACACCAGUGCAGUCCAGCUGGCCGCUCCACCCCAUCAGGACCUUCACAGACUCCACCCCCUCUGUCCUGAAGAGGACCAGUGAGUGAGAGCGAGAGGGUGUGUCCCUGUGGAAUGUCACCUGGCUUCCUAUUGGCUAAUUAGUCAGGGGAAGUGUUCCCUUCCCUGAAGCUCCUCCCUAUGCCACCCGGCUCUACAGGAGUCGGCCCCCGACCAAGAAGAGAUGGCGGCGUAAUGGCUGGUCAACCAUGAUGCCGUCUGCUUACCAGACGGUUUCUCUGAGCAAUAUGGCACCAGCUGCUCUCAUUUAAGACCCUAAAAAUUACAGAUGCGAGCGUUCAUCCUGAUCCCAAACAUGGACCAAUGACCUCACAUUGGGCUUUACGAUUAUGAAUGGUGGAGACGUUGAUGCUAAUUACAUCACCUCUCAGAUCUCAGUGCCUAAAUUGAUUUUGUAAUGUUUAAAAAUGCCUAAAAUUUUCUUGCAGUUUAUGGUGAAUUGUAAGAUGAUAUAUUUUAUCUACAAAGCCCCUGAUUUCCACCCUGCACAUGUGGUUGUGCAGUACUUGUACUCCCUACCUCUCUCCUCAUGGAGGCACAAAUAGAGUUUGUAGUGAAGAUGAACUGAACACUUCUUGCCAUAGAAAAUCCUCACGCCUGGCUCAAGAGAAGGAGUCAAUGACUGUUUCUUAGUUUAACUUAAUGUGUCAUUCACGUUUCAGUGAUUGUAGCUGUGAGUUUGCAACACUAGAUCUCUGCUUUAACAAAGACUCACACUCCUGCUCUUCCUUGGUCAGGCUUUGUUACCACUUUUUUAGUAUCUGUACGGUUGAAUCGUAGCAAAUGUCUCUGGUUUAUUCUGAUGACGACUAUUUUAGUGGAUCAGAUUAGACGUCCUGCUUUCAGGCAGUUUGGUCUGAAUCCAGAGAUCAGAGGAUUACUGAGGGAUUCUGUUUUUACAUUUUUAAUUUAUUUCAAGCUUAACCUAAUUUUUUUUAACACACUGUGACUGCACAUACGCACAUACAUGCAACCAAGCUUUUCAUUUUUAACACGCUUAGCUGACCUGUCAGUAUUGAAGCACAUUUACACUCAGAAUACAUUGAUAUUGACAAGUUUGAGUUGAGUAUUUUUGUAAGACUGUGACUGUCAACUCAACUCAUCCACUCCAUAUUUAAACUACAGUCAGAGCACUUCUCUGAACAGAGAGUAUGAAGUAGUUUACAUCACUUGAAGCUUUAAUAAACGAGCUGUAGAGAUGAAUCGUGUAUGUAAUGCAACACAUUGCACAUACAUGGCUACUGUGUUAGCUGCCUGAGGGUGGGAGGGCUGUGAUGUGUUCUGGUUUGGAUCAAGCAUGUGGUUUAGCAACAGUUUCACUGUUUAACUGAAUUACUGGAUAUGCACUGACACAAUAAACAUUAUCCUAUAAACUGCA